AUGUCGUCCAUUCUGAAGAGUCAAGCGGCCUUCGAGGAAAGGGCCAAGGAGUGCGGUUUGGCGCAGGCUGAGCUCGAUGUGCUUGUGCGAAAGGGACUGACCUCUUUGUCGCUCCUUGCCUUCAGUGUCUCGACCCCGGGCGAGGUGCCGCAGGAAGCUGAGCUCAGGUCCAUCCUUGAUCCCACGGAGCCGACGGCUGUGCCAUUACGAGCACUGUCGGCGUUGCGGCGCCUCAUGUUCGAGGCUCAAACUUUGUCUAUUGCACAGCUCAAGAGCUCGAUUGAAGGCGAAGGUGAGAGGAAGGCGGAGUUGGCACCCGCCGAGAGAGCCAAUCGUCUGGCUGAUCAACGUAAAAGGCUCAUAGGACUCAGCUUGACGGGCCCUCUUGAGAACGCUUUCAGCAAUUACACUUAUGUCGCACAGGUCGUUGAUCAGGAUUGCCUUUCCUACUUGGAGCCCCACAGGUUCCUAACCAGGGCCAUGGAGGUGAAUCGGGAGAAGCCGGGAAAGGAAUUGAUCUUAGAUGAGGGCUCGCGUAUGAGCAUCCGCGACAAGGCCCACAAGGAUAAGUGUGGCAUUCAGAAUGAGUUGCAGCUCUCCGAAGCCCUGUGUCGCAGAGCACUUGCUUGUGAUCUUCUGCAGCUCUGCACUUUUGCAACCAUGGACAUGUGGCACAGGCACUUGCUUGCCAAGCUGUCUGAGCAGCCGCCUCCUUACUAUGCCAAGGUUUCGAUGGAGCAGCUGCUCAGGUGCGACAAGGCAGCAUGGGUGCGCAUGAGCGAGUUCUUGACUUCUCUCAAAAAGGAUGAUGCGGGAAAUCUUCCGAUGGAUGCUGCUCUGGACAAGCUUCAGUAUGAUCCCAAAAUCAUGAUGCAUUUGGCCCCGCUUCCUGGGGCUAAGUGGAAGGGCGAUGGAAAAGGCGACAAGGGCAUCAAGCGUGAUGCUGAUGGCAAGCCAAAGGUGCCCCAUCGCCCCAACAAAGGCGCUGGCAAAGGGAAGUGUCCUGAUGCGUUAACCGAUUCACGCUUGAAGCACAACUGCAGUAAGACCAAGAAGCGCUUGUGUUGGAAUUUUAAUUUGCAAGCUGGGUGUAAGUUUGCCAAGGCCGGUGAGAGCUGCAAGCGGGGCUUGCACAUUUGUAUGUUCUGCGAGCAGCCACACUCCCUUCUCCAAUGCCCGGCUUACAAAGCGAUGAGCCUUUCGGUCUCGUCCCAUGCGGCGAGCCCUGUCUGCACACCAGCACUGAUUGACCCGGCUGGCCCAUUGGAACGUCCCAAGCCAGCCACUUCAGUGCCUAAUCAAGUUCCAAAUGUUGUGAUUGAUGAGCGAGUUUUUCCCUUGCCCGCUGAGCGGCGAGUGCAUGCCUCUCUGCAUCCAGCAGAGCAAUUUGCGCAGGACGUUCUGUCGUCUGGUGAACCUGUGACAGCAACUUGUGUUGAGCGCCUUUUUAAUUUGUUACCUUCUAAGACGGAUGAGCGAUUCAGUUCUGACUCUGGCAGAUCCUUUGUUGCGGGUGUCUUCCGACAUGGGGGCGUCGUUGGCCUCACGAACACCUGCCGUUCUUUUCCCCAAUCGGUUAGUUUGGCCAUCACCUGGGCCAUGCAGCAGGCCGGGCCGCAAGAGCUAUCCGACUUCACGUUUUGCUCGAUUUCUCUGAACCUCAAUGUUAAGACUGAGGUUCACCGCGAUGUAAAUAACGACGAUGCUGACAAUCUCGUGCUGGCUGUGACCACUUUCUCAGGUGGGCACAUCUGGGUGCAGUCCGAGUCGGGCGGCCAUGUGCUGCCUGUCAAUGGGUCCUUGGUCCCUGGAGACUUGUAUGAUGUAUCCGCGGCCCCAGUGCGGUUCUAUGCUCGCAAGCGCCUGCAUUGCACAAUGCCGUGGACGGGCGAUAGGCUAGUCCUCAUCUUGUUUUCAGGCGGCGAUGUUGCCCAAUUACCCAGCCUUGACUUUGAGCACCUUAAAUCCCUUGGGUUUAGGCCUUCGGUCUCAACAUCCACCGCCAACCCACCGUUGGCGUAUGUACCACCGCCUGCCGGAGCUUUGGAGCCCUUGCUUUCUAAGGUCGCUGCAAAGGUCAAAGGGUUGCCUCUUGAUAGUCUUAUGUUUCUCGAUGUUUUCUGUGGAACGGGGGGACUCUGCGCAUCCCUUAGGCAGCUAAGCAUGAAACUAAGUGUCGGUUUCGACCGUCACGCACAGCGGGGUUGCAAAUGUCCUGUUAUCUCGCUGGACCUCACGAAGGCGGGAUCCCGGGCCAUUCUGCUUGAUCUUCUCAAGCAGCCUCACGUGGUCGCGUGCCACCUGUCUCCACCUGUAACCACCAGUGGGGCCGGUCUCCUAGGCCCUCGCUCAGGUGUCCUUCGCAAUGCAACGCACCCUGAAGGUCUGCCAGGCUUGCAGGGUACUGAUCUUGAGCUGGUCCAAGGGGCUAACGCACUCUUUGCCAUGUGCGCCGAGGUCUGGCACUUGUGUUGGAACCAUGGGGUAUUUUGCUCCACAGCUCACCCAAGCCGAUCUAUCAUGUGGCUCACUGCGGCACUCCGCUCAUGCCAAUCUUCUCCUUUCCUCUCUACCUCCUUGCAUCAGUGCAUGUUUGGAUCCUACAGGAGAAAGGCUACUCGCCUUUUGCAUACGGUCCCGUACUUGCAAAAGCUUGGUGUGACAUGUGAUGGCGCCCACGCUCAUGAGCCGUGGCGUUCUCCUGCACAAAACCAAACGAAGGACGCCGGCUUUCCGCCUAUGCUGUGCAAGGCCUUUGCCCAAGCACUUGUGGAUCAACUGAUUGCAUGCGGUGCGCGCGCCCCGGCGAGGUCCCUCGAGAAUGCUUCACUGUCGCUCUCAUUGGGCGCCCGUGUAGCUACAGCAACGCAACCUUCAGGUCGGAAGAUUCCUCCACUGGUUUCUGAGUUCGCUCGCACAGUCAAAGUGUCAGGCCCAGCCGAUCAGCUACCGUGCACCUCAAAGACCAAGCUGGUGUCGACGUGGGCGGUUCCCAAAACUGUGCUCUGCCAACCUUUCCUUCAGUCAUUGCCGCCCGGUUCCAAGUGCAUCCGAGCCAGCCCUUUUGUUCCAAGGGGUUUGGCGCCUGCCUCGGAUGUGCCCGAAGUUACCCUGGGUGCAGGUUUAGGUAGUUCCGACUCCCCGUGCCCGUGCCAUCCGGCACCUGCUGAGGGUGUGGUUUUAGGUAGUCCCGACUCCCUAGCUCCUCAGUGCCAACCGGUACCUGCCCUACCCUUGAACACAUCCAGUGCGACUCCAAAUGUCAAGCCGGGGCUUGAAUUGCUCUUUGGCAUACCGUGGUCGCCCUCGGAGUUCGUUGAGCAGGCUUGCAAAGCGAAGCACCCACGUUCCUUGGACCAAGGCGUGCCAGCCGGCAUGUCGGCAUGUAUUGAUCGUUUGUGUGAGCACAGCUCGGUCAGUGUGGCCAGGGAUCGUACGGCCGAACUUCGCAAAUGGGUGCUUAGGAAGAAAGAGCUUGACGAGAGCUUUGAUGGACCCGAGCACUGCAAGAAGGUAUUAGCUGGCAAACCCAUGAAACUCUUCGGGGAGAUGGUUGAGGCUGCUGGACAUGCUGAUGUGAACCUGGUACGAGAUAUACAGCACGGUUUUGACUUGCUUGGUGAGAUCCCUUCCUCGUCCGUCUUGCCGAAGAAGACCACCGUGGCAUCUCUCAGCAUUGAGGACGUAAGAAUUGCCACCCCGGCAAAUCAGCGGGCGAUUUGGGAGACUACCCGCACUUGCAGGGACCCUGAAAUCACUUCGGAAGUGUAUCGCCUUACCUUGGAGGAGCGGGAUAAAGGGUGGCUGACAGGCCCCUUCACUCUCGCCGAUGUGCCGGAGACUGCCAUCAUUACACGCCGUUUUGGCGUCAGGCAAGGCGUGACGACAACGGCCACAGGUGUGGCAGCUAAGAUCCGGCCUAUCGACGACUUCACAGAAAGCUUGGCUAACUUGUCGUGCACAUGUGCGGAAACCAUCGACCCGCAUUCAGUGAACGUCAUUGUGGCCGGGAUCCUGAAACGGUGCAAGGUACAGAACACAGAGGCUAGGAAGCGCGAGCUUGUGUCCACCAUCGAAGCCAUCGUGCAGCAUGGCGGAGCACAUGCCAAAGAACUUGAAUGCUUGCGAGGUCGUCUUCAGUUCGCCGAGUCGCAGGUGUUUGGUCGGGGUGCGGCCCAGCGCAUGCGAGCUAUAUCAAAAGCAAUGAAGCUUUCGGGUUUCGUGGUUCUUGACGACUCCUUGACCGAGGCCCUGCUUUUCUUGAAGGAUCGAGUUUUGCACGGGGAAGCAAGGACGAUCAGGGCCUGCGAUCGCCCCACCUACCACCUGUUCACGGACGCUUCUUAUGAGGCUGAUGUGCCAGCAGGUCUCGGGGGCAUCCUUUAUAGUGAUGGGGGUUUGCUUCUUAGGUGGUACUCGGAGUCUGCCGACACAGACGUUCUGGAGGCCAUAAACAAAGAGGGCAAACAAGGUCUGAUCUACGAGUUGGAGGCAUGUGCCGCAGUGCAGGGCGUGGUGCAGCUUUGCAAUUCCUUGAGUGACUGCAAUCUCAUUUGUUAUUGCGACAAUGAAGCCGCCCUCGCAGCUCUCAUAAAGUGUGCUUCCGAAUCACCGGUGGUGGCAUCGCAGCUCAACAAGCUCAGCAUGCUUGAGGAUGAGAAAGGAUUGAGUGUAUGGUUCGAGAGAGUGGAGUCGUCUGCAAACCCAGCCGACGAUCCUUCACGCUUUGUGCUUGGCAAGCUUCCCACUAGCUUCAGAGUCCGUUGGAUACCAGGCGAAGAGCUGUUGUUCUAG